AUGCUUGGACAAACUGCUUGGAUAACCUGGAUUUUGGCUGCUUUUGGAAAUGGACUCGCCGCUGCUCAACAAAUUUCAAGAAUCUAUACACCUCAGAACAUUGGAUCCUGCAAAUUCGACCGUGUCGACCCCUGGUGCAACUUUCGCCAAGGAACCGAGGAUGAGUUCGACUGGGAAAUGGACGAGACCGACCCCGCCUCUGGCUUCGUUUUCGUAGAUACCAACGUGCAUGAGCAAGGGCAACAAGCUCGCUUAUUCACACCCUCUAUUGAUUACAAGGAUACGCAUUGCGUCUCGUUCGACUUCAAAAUCACCGGCCAUGGAGAACUGUCCGUCUACGUCAUUCGUGAUUUCUUUGUCUACUCUCAGCCAGUCUGGUCCUCCCAGUCCAUCACCACCGAUUGGACCACCGUCCAGCUGGCCCUCUCGCCGCAGUCCUACAAACUCGUGUUCGAAGGUCGUAUCCUCUCGCGUUCGAACGGCAUAAUUGCCCUGGAUAACAUCGACGUACAGUAUCAAUCCUGUCGCUCGGCCCCUCACUUCCUUCGACUUGGUGAUACCGAGGUCAACGAAGGACAAAGUGCAGAGCUUCAAUGUAUCGCGAAUGGCGAUGCUUCGUGGGGACAAAACAUCAGGCUUCAGAAGUUUUCAUCUGGAAUGGAGGAGAAGAUUUUCCGAAGUCACAACAUGGUCAACUUCCAGAGCGCGAAGUUUAUCUGGCCGGCGAUUGGGACUGCUGACGCUGAUAAGAUCAGGUGCGUUGCAUCGAAUGCCACCGCUGCUGGAGUCUCGAACUACGCAGAACUCAAGGUUCGCCGCCCUCCAGUGCCCAUUGGAGCACCUGAGGUCGACUCUGCUGGUCCUACUCACCUGAUUGUCCGGCUAAAUGUCGAUCCGAAGGACCCAGAGACCUACAUCGGCGAUGGACCCGUCACCAACAUCGAAUUCCGCUACAAAAAGGUCGAGAGCGCGUGGGAGGACGGCCACGACGUUCCUUUGGCGACGUACAAUGGCACUUACCGAAUCUGGCAUCUCGAACCGGACACGCUUUACAUGCUCUGCGUCGUGCUCGAGCGUCCUGGCCCGGGCGGAACUGGCAAGCCAGGCCCGUGCCUUGAGAUACGGACCAAAUGUGCAAAGCCGAUGCCGCUGACUCAGAUAACCGUAAGUCCAUACAAGGGGCAGGUUGUUUCUGAAACGGCGCAGGGGAACUAUGCGGAUAAUCUGCUCGUCAGAUGGGCCAAGCCUACGCCCAGACAUGCUGGCUGUAGAACUUGGGGUUACGUGCUCAAGUGGCGGCAAGUUGGAGGCUUUUGGAAGACUCAAGAGCCAGAAUCCAAUCGAACCAUCAUCUCGAAUCUGCGCGCUGACACGCCGUACGAAGUACAAGUCUCGAUUCGGAAUAUGGUUGGCACGACUGACAGCCUAGUCAUCCCGACGAAGACUAAUGACGGCCUGCCAGAGCCGAUUCCAUCUUUUAAAAUCAAAGUAAUCACGACUGAGGAAAGCAUCAUUGUUCAAUGGCCUCAUCCAGCCGUUCCAAACGGCGACAUUCUUGCCUUCAAGCUUGGAUAUGCCUUCUUCGAUGCGUUUGACGGACCACGUGAUUUCCAUCCAGGACCACCGUUUCAAGGCGAAUUCCAAAUCCCAGCGAGUCGUAAUGUCUAUGAAAUCGCAAAUUUGCCACCUGGAACGACCUACAACUUGACGCUCUCCGCAAAAACUUCCGCUGGAUUCGGAAGGCCAUCUGAAUUUGUUGGAACGACGAAGAUCGGCAGUCCUAAGUGGACAGGCGCGUACGAUGCGAGAGAAUUCAGCACGAAUGAGGACAUUGUGGUCACUCUUCGAGGCGCUGAUGGUAAUGGCGCACCUGUCAGCCACUACAAUGUGGUCGUUGAAAAUGCGGAGAAUAAUACCAGAAGGAGGAGGAAACGAUCUUUGUCCAGCAAAAACGGCUGCUUUGAUCGCUCAAUCGACUACGAGACGUAUCUCAAGACCGGGGCCGAAUACUACUUUGCCGCGGAAAUCGACCAACGAUACUUUGAGGAACGCCAAAUGGAGAUUCCCUUCCGCGUCGGGGAUAACAAUACCUACAAUGGAUUCCGGAACGCGCCCCUUCCUCCUGGCAAGAAAGUAUCAAUCUGGGUCCAAGCGGUUUCUAUUCAACCCGGAUGUAACUAUUCACGCGGCCAACACUGUGAUCGUAACGUCAAAUGUCAGGUGGUGGCCACCCGGGGCGUUAAACCGCCUCCACCACCAGUCGAAGACAUGAAUAAUUCAAACUCCGAGAGGAUUUACACAGACAAAACCGCAACCAAAGAUGGCGAAACCCUCGCGACAACGAGCAUCAUGCUCUACGGUGGUGUUUCUGUUGCUCUCUUGCUUCUUCUUUUCAUCUUUGUCGGAUCCGUUGUGUGCUUCAGGAGACGAGCACUGGCUAUGGGACCAGAACGAUAUCGAGUCCAGAGUCCAGUCGACUUUGGCAACCGAACGGAUGGAAUGUACAGUGAUCAUAGUGAUAUCAAAAAACCUCCGAGCUCGUAUCCGACAGAAAAGACGCCUUUAAUGCCUGAUUUGGUCGAUUACCCGUCCAGCUCGCGGAAAUCUGAGGCAGAGGACUUUGCCGUCCGAGUCGAAGACUUCCCCAUCCAUGUUUCCCAAAUGCGAAGCUCAAGAACUUAUUCAUUUGCGGACGAAUUCGAAACGCUCCCAGAAGGAAACACGGCAUCUUGGGAUGUGGCCCAAAAACCCGAAAAUAUCCAGAAAAAUCGCUACACGAACAUUCUUCCUUACGAUCAUUCCCGUGUCGUUCUUCGAUCGAAUACGCAAAUCGCGAAUUCUGGUGAUUACAUCAAUGCUUCGUGGAUUUCUGGCUAUGGCUUGCGAUACAUCGCUGCUCAGGGACCGACGGAAACGACCAUACCCGACUUUUGGCAUUGCAUCUGGCAAGAGAACAUCCGUCUUCUCAUCAUGGUCACGGGAUUGGUUGAAGUUGGGAGAAGAAAAUGCCAUCAGUAUUGGCCAAAUGAAAUCCGGGGCAUCGAGAGAUAUGGCAACUUUUCAGUCGAGCUUAUUUCCGAACAAGUUCUUGCUCACUACACUCUUCGCGAGUUCAAGAUCUGCCUUGGCGGCCUAGAACCACGAAUCAUUAGACAGAUGCAGUUCCAGAGCUGGCCAGAUCACGGCGUUCCAACUCGACCAACCGGCCUGCUUCAUUUUGUCCGACGAUCUGCCCAACUCAAUCCCGAUUAUCACCCUGUUUUAGUCCACUGCUCGGCCGGUUCUGGCCGAUCCGGGUGCUUUAUCGUUCUUGACUGGAUGUUGAGAAUGGCGGACAGUGAAGGACUACUGGACAUUUACAAUACCGUAAAGGAAUUGAGAAACAAGCGGGUUAAUAUGGUUGCGAAUCUGGAACAGUACAUCUUCCUACACGAUUCUUUGCUCGAAGCGGUGCUUUGUGGCGAAACUGGAGUUCAGGCAAUGGACUUGAGUAGUCAUUACGACAACUUGAUUACUGUUACAGGCGGCGGCGCUCCCAUUCAAGAAGAAUUCGAAACGCUGGCUGUCCUGACACCACGACUGACAACAGAAGAGUGCCAAACUGCUCGUCUCGCGCGAAACCGAGUUAAAAACCGCUUCCAAGAUGUUCUCCCAGCGGAUCGAGAUCUUCCCUAUCUCAUAACCCCUGAUCCAGCUGGAUCUGAUCCAUCUCAUAAUUACAUCAACGCCGUUUUCGCCGAUAGCUUCCUCGUCAAAAGGGAUUUGAUUAUCACACAAAUGCCGCUGCCUCAUACUGUUGGGGAUUUCUGGCGACUUGUGCACGACUACAGCGUGUCGGUGGUCGUCAUGCUGAAUGACGCGAGCGAGACAGACGAGACAUGCGCAAACUAUUGGCCCGCCGAGCAGACGAAGGAGACUUACUCAGCUUUCACUGUCGAGUCGCUGGACAAGUCGGAUGAAAUCGAACUUGUCAGUCGAACUCUCAAGUUGACCAAUUACUACAGGUCAAACGAUCCAGCAAAAGAAGUCAAGCUCCUUCAACUAUCAAACUGGCCUGCUGGUCAGCCCGUUCCAUCAUCUCGAAACGCCGUCCUCCGCUUGGUCUCUCUUAUUGAUCAACAUCGAUCAACCCUGCCUCCCGGAAGUCGGGUUCUACUUCAUUGUGUCGCCGGAGCUGGAAAAUCUGGCACUUUUGCGUCAUGUUAUAAUGUUAUCCAGCAGCUCAAGUCCCUCCAAACUGCGGAUGUUUUCAGUUCGGUAUUGCAACUGCGCGCAGUUCGCCCCCAAUUGGUCGAAACCCUCGAGCAAUACCGCUUCAUUUACGAAGUGGCGAUGGAAUACGCCGAUUGCGAGGCAAUCUGA